GCAGAGAAGCCCGUCGGGGCCAUGGCCGGCGGCAAGCCGCGGAGCCCGGGCGGUAGCGGGCGCUGCCCUCCGGCGGGGCGGCAGCCCGGCACCCCGCGGGGCGGCGGCGGCGGCGGCGGCCGGGGGAGGGAGAAGUGGGGAGAGCCGGCCUCCCGGUCCGCGCUGCUCCUUCUGCCGCCGCCGCGGGAGACCUGGCGCCGCCGGAAACUUUCCUCGGCGCUGUGCGCCGGCUCCCUCUCCGUGCUGCUGGCCCUGGUGGUGAGGCUGGUGCGGGGGGAGCGCGGCCGGGAGCUGGCGGCGGAGGGCGGCGCGGGGCCGCGGGGCUGGGGCUGGCUGCCCCCCGGCGCCGUGCCCCUGGGCCUGGCCGGCGCCUUCUUCGGGGCGGGCCGCUACCUGCUGCGCGGCGGCGUGCGGCCGCGGACGGCGGCGCUGCUGCUGGCCGCCUGCUGCGGGGGGGAAGCGGUGGCGCAGACGGCGCUGGCGGCGGGGGAGGAGGAGGAGGAUCACUUGCUCUCCCUCGCCGCCACGGGGGUGGUGCUGAGUUGCCUGGCCGCCGUGACAUGGCUGGUGCUGAAGCUGAGGCAGGGCGUCCUCAUGCUCGCCGUGACUAGCGCGGCCAGGACCACGUCCCUCGUCGCCUUGGAGAGGGUCCCGGCGUCCUGGCGGCCCUACCUGGCCUACCUGCUGGGGCUGCUGGGCAUCCUCCUGGCCGGCUACACCGACCGGCUCUGGCCCCCGCGGCGGGCCGCCCCGCUGGCGGAGCCUCCCGCCGCCCCCCCGGCCGCGGACGAAGCCCCGGUGCUCAGGAGGCGGCGGCGGUCCAGCUCCAUGAUCUCCCCCGAGAUGUCGGGCGGCGGCGGCGGCAGCAGCAAGACCCACCGGCGGACCUCGCUGCCCUGCAUCCCCCGGGAGCAGCUCAUGGGGCAUUCUGAAUGGGAUCACAAACGAGGACCCAGAGGCUCACAGUCUUCUGGUACCAGUAUCACAGUGGAUAUUGCUGUCAUGGGAGAAGCACAUGGGCUCAUUACAGACCUUCUGGCAGAUCCUUCGCUGCCCCCCAACGUGUGUACUUCGCUGAGAACAGUGAGCAACCUGCUUAAUACGCAGUUAACCUUCCAGGCCAUCCACAAGCCAAGGAUGAACCCUUUGGUGUCCUUCAGUGAGAACUACACCUGCUCCGACUCAGAGGAAUGUCCAGAGAAAGGAGAGAAACUAGCUAUUCCCAAGCGCUUACGGAGAAGUUUGCCUCCAGGACUGCUGAGACGAGUGUCCUCAACUUGGACCACAACAACAUCAGCCACAGGAUUACCUACACUGGAGCCAGCUCCAGUGAGAAGGGAUCGCAGUGCCAGCAUCAAACCUCAUGAAUCAUCUUCAUCCAGCGCUGACUCCUGGAACAGCUCAAUUCUGAUGACAAUCACAAAGAGCAGGUCGUUCUCCACCUCCUACGCCAUGUCUUCUACCAACCACCUGAAUGCCAAGAGGCAGAGCCGACAAGGUAUGCUGCCAAAUAUCUCACCUCUCACCUCCCCAUGCCAUUCACCGAUUCAGGGGACGCCUGCCACAAGUCCUACCGGAAAAACAUCAUCUGUGUCAUUUCCAGAUUCUACAGAUACUGACACCAAGCAGGGCUUAAAGCCACACAAAGUCUUAACCUCUACUCAGAGCGCACCUAGCCUGUCAGACCCUAUUAUCAGCCCCUCUGUCAUCUGCAGCAGCUGUGGCAGACCCUAUAACCAAAUAGAAGCUGGUGAUGGGACACUAGAUAGAAAUGAUGGUGCCACACACACCCUGAACAGAACAGAUGAUCCUGCGCAAGCCACUUCUGACUAUGAGACCAACAACAGUGACAGCAGCGAUAUUGUACAAAAUGAUGAUGAGUCAGAUUGCUCCAAAGAGCAGACGCGGAAGGGAUCCGUCUGUAGGACGUACACGCCUGAGACCAUCAUUCUGCAUCCCUUGAUACCACCUGAGGACAAGCCUGUACUUGCUCCCGAGCCUCUGGUUAUGGACAACUUGGAUCCCUUGAUGGAGCAGCUAAAUAGUUGGAACUUCCCAAUCUUUGAUUUGGUGGAAAAAAUCGGAAAGAAAUGUGGUCGGAUUCUCAGUCAGGUAUCAUACAGGCUUUUUGAAGACAUGGGGCUGUUUGAAACUUUUAAAAUUCCAGUGAGGGAAUUUAUGAACUACUUUCAUGCCUUGGAAUGUGGAUACCGAGAGAUACCUUAUCACAACCGAAUCCACGCAACUGAUGUUCUACAUGCUGUCUGGUACCUUACUACUCAGCCCAUCCCAGGACUCCCAACUGUGAUUAAUGAUCACGGCUCAGCAAGCGAUUCAGAUUCUGACAGUGGAAUCACUCACGGCCAUAUGGGUUAUGUGUUUUCGAAGACAUACACGCCAACAGAUGACAGCUAUGGAUGCCUAGCUGGCAACAUCCCUGCCCUUGAAUUGAUGGCUCUUUAUGUAGCUGCAGCCAUGCAUGAUUAUGAUCAUCCAGGAAGGACCAAUGCCUUUUUGGUAGCAACGAGUGCUCCUCAGGCAGUGCUGUACAACGACCGCUCCGUCCUGGAGAACCACCACGCCGCUGCUGCCUGGAACCUUUUCAUGUCAAGGCCAGAGUACAACUUCCUGGUCAACCUCGACCAUGUGGAGUUCAAGCAUUUCCGCUUCCUCGUCAUUGAGGCAAUUUUGGCUACUGACCUGAAGAAACACUUUGAUUUUGUUGCCAAAUUCAAUGCCAAGGUGAAUGAUGAUGUUGGAAUUGACUGGACUAAUGAGAACGACCGCUUGCUGGUUUGCCAAAUGUGCAUCAAACUGGCUGACAUAAAUGGGCCUGCAAAAUGCAAAGAUUUGCAUCUGCAGUGGACAGAAGGCAUUGUCAAUGAGUUUUAUGAACAGGGUGAUGAAGAGGCUAGCUUGGGCUUGCCAAUCAGUCCUUUCAUGGAUCGCUCUGCUCCUCAGCUGGCGCACCUCCAGGAAUCUUUCAUCACUCACAUUGUGGGACCACUAUGUAACUCCUAUGACUCAGCGGGGCUGAUGCCAGGAAAAUGGAUAGAAGAUAGUGAUGAAUCAGGAGACACAGAUGAGCAUGAAGAGGAGGAAACAGCAGAAAUGGAAACUUGUGAAAACGCUGAAUCCAGAAAGAAGAAGUUCAAGAGGAGGAAAAUCUACUGUCAGAUCACUCAGCACCUGCUUCAGAACCAUAAAAUGUGGAAGAAAGUAAUUGAGGAUGAGGAGAGGUUAGCUGGGACAGAGAAGCAAGGUGUGGAGCAAUCCACGCUGCACCAAUCUUCAGAACAAAUCCAGGCCAUCAGGGAAGAGGAGGAGGAGAAAGGGAAGCCCAAGAGGGAUGAAGAGGAGAACACACCUGUAGAACCGAACCAAUGACAAUAUUUACAGCAGUAUUUUAAGACAGAUUGACUCGUGCACAGACUCUUUCUCAAGCCAGCACAGCAUUUAGACACAACACUGUAGAAGUAUGGGAUAAUGCGCCUACAGCUGUUUAAUUUGUUUCUCUUUCCUUUUUAUGGUGAGGUACAUUGUUUAAACUCCUAUGCUCAAGGAAGCUUUCACACUGCGACACCGGCUUUUAACGACUUUCUUUUAAAAAGAUUUGGGGGUGGGUGGAAUUAUAUGAAUAUAUAUAUAUAGCCAGGGUUAUUGCCUGUGCACUUCAGCAAAAUACAUUUAAUGAUAUAUUAUGGUCACUGUGAUAUUUACAGAAGAAAGUUAUCUAAGGAAAUGCUGCUUCUAAAGCACAUUUGCAGUUAACAGUAAGGUACCAGUUAAGUAGCUUUUGCUCUUAAUGCUGAGGGAUGAAAGUUCCAAAGCUUUAUAUGAAUGCUGAUGUAUCCUGCCAACAUAUAUGGGUGCGUGUGAGGGGGUGUUUGUGAGUGUGAGUGGAUGUAAAGUAAUAUACCAUAAUUUGAGUUCUUAUUAGACUAGCUGUAGCACAUGUCCCAAUACAUGACAACAAACAGAAGGCCGGAAUUUUAGAGAAUAUGUGCCCACAAGGGAACCAGAGGCCAUUUUGAGGAGCUUUCCAUUUCCCAUAGCCCCCCAAAUCCCAGUUUGCACUCCAGCUGCAAGCAGCAGCCUUUUCAGCAGGGGCUGUGGUGACCUGGGCUGCUGGCCUGGCCCCGUCUGGCUGUGCAGGCUCCUCUUGCCUCCUCCUCUUCCUCCUCCUUGGCCCUUCCCAGACUGCUGGCGAAAGGGAUGUGCCAGGAAAUUAAUUUUCCAAAGGGGGUUACAAGGAACUGUGCUGGUCUGUUCCCCUCGAGAGGACCUGGCCCUCUGUGUACUUCAGAGCGCGUGAACGGCUGUGUGGGGCAGCGUGUGUGUUUGCGCAGGAGAGAACAGGGAGCAAAUGUGUGUGCAUACUCGGAAACGAGAGGCACGCUGUCAUCUUCCUACCCCAACCUUCUGCCUCCAUGCAUCAGUGGCCAAAUAUAUCAUUUCAGAACGAAGCUAAACUUACCAUCUCUUGAGAGCGAAAGAAGGGAAGUGUGGGGGCCAUACCCUUCCUCAGAAUGAAACGCAGACGAUGCAUUUGGAGCAGGGUGGGGGACCGGUGCCAGUCCUGUGUCGGCCGGACACUUGUAUGUCUCAGCAACCACUCACAUGAGCUUUGGAGAACUUGGGUUUUCAGUGUGAGGUGCUGGAUGGGAGCAGUUUGUUGCUGGCAUUCUGCUUAGAAGCAGCGUGUUUGAUCCCACCGAUAUACUUACUUUUUUUCUUUUUUCUUUUUUCCUUUUUUUUUUUAAGAGAAAGGAAAAGAUCGGGCCUGUAAGAAGAGCAGAUCUUUUUUUUUUUUUUGUUCUGUUUAUUUGUUUUCUCUGUUGUUUAUGCUGUGAGCCAAAUGUCUAUUUAAAAGGUUGGAUAUUCACUUUCAAUAUUUUAUUUCACGAUAUUAUAUUUGUCAAUGAUUAGCUAUCUAGAUGUAAAUAUGGAAAAAUUUUUAUGGGUUCCUGUAGAUAAUGAUAUCUUUAAGAAAAAAAAAAAAAGAAAAAGAAAAAAAGGGGAAAGUUUUUUUGUAAAGAUAAUUUUUUAAAAAAUAAAUACAAAAACAUUUUUAUACAGUGUAGCCAUUUCCAAACCCAACAAAUAAAGUCUUGAGUAAUUUGUAUAGACCUUUCUGGGAAGCCAGUGGUCUACAGGAUCAAGGCUUUAAAGUAGUAAUGCUCUUUGGGACUGGUAGCACUAACCAGUACCACACCAUUUAGAGUUUUGUUCCCACAGAAAGAAUUAUAUAUAUAUAAAGUUCAGUAUCUCUGAAAAAUCAUUUGACUACAUAUGCUUUUUAUAUUUUGAUCCUGCAGCCCCUUGCCAAGAAGAGGAUUGCUUGUGUGAGUAAGAAUGCUUGUGAAAGGAAGAGUUUGUAGGAGAAGUCCUUUCUAUAUCAAAUGUCUGAUAUUGCAUCCAUCACUUUUUGCUAUUGUUACGCAUUCACCAUAUUUCGUGAUGUAAUUGAUACCUCCCCAAAAACGUUGGAAAACAUUCUCUAUCAAAGCCAGUCAGGACGCAUGUUGUCACUUCAGAGUUUCUUCUUGCUUUGCAUUUCCUUUAGAGCGAGAUUUUUCUGGAAAACACCUGAUGUUGUCCCAUCCUACUCUUACCAGUAGAGAAGGCAUUUGCCUUUCAACAGAGUGGCUCUAGAGCAUGGGUCUGAAUGCUCUCUUAUCAGCAGAAAUAUUUAGUAAGUGUUUUUCAAUGAAAUCAUAAAAGCAAAUUGCACUAUUAUUUUAAAGGGAAAGGAUGUAGUAGAACGCAUUCAAAAGAAAAAAAAGAUGUCUCCAAGAUCUCAGCAAGUCUCCACCAAUUCCAGCUUGCACUGUUUUCACACCUCUUCAGUCACUUUGAUUAAUCAUUUUAUUUGGGGUUUUCUUGUACAAGUGAUAUACGUACCUUAUAGUGUGAGAAGAAUUUAAUAUGCCUCAUUCUGUCCUUUAAAAAUUAAACUUACAGAGAUGCUUUAAAGUAUUACAUCUCCAAGCACUUUUUUCUCUGUUUUUAGUGCAUGAUCACUGGGACUGGAUUUUUUGUAUUGUUUUUGCUAGAAGUUCUCGCAGAAAGUGUUAGUGGGUGCUCAGUUGGUAAAAUUAUGAAGAGGCAUUCAGGAGUGAGGCCAAAUCCUUCAAAUGGAGUAAUAAUCCUCUAAGCAGGUAUACACAGGGUUGAACCAAGAAAAAUUAUCCUGAAAAUAUGCUGAAACGGAAUUAUUAUAUUUUUCCUAGUCAUCAUUUUUUGAUUGCCAUUAGGUAAAAUCAGUGUCAGCUUGUAAAUUGUUACGCUUGCUUUCUGUAGUGCCAGUGCAGCUGUCGCAAAUUGCUGCUGCGUUGCCACACAAGCUUGUUUGUGGGUGCAGUUUGAUUAACUCAGGUCUUUUACAGCGAAGGAAUCGCUGACAGGCUUAAAAUCAGAAUGAUCAUAGAAUCAUAGAAUGGUCCGGGUUGGGAGGGACCUUAAUCACCUAGUUCCAAUGACUGUUGAUUUUAUCCAAACUGGAAGGAAUACUAGUGAAGAAGCUAAAGUAACUGAGAGCAAUUAACUUGAUAAAAGGCGACUUUUUUUUUUUGCGCUCCAAAUAGUUACUAACAGAAUCUAUUUUCUGCAGGUGUCCACUCCUUAUGAACCUGAUUUUCAGUCUUUGCAGUGCAUUUCUGGCAGGCAAUGAUCAGGAAAUUUCCCAGGCUGGCUUAAAUAUAACACAAAAGAAAAUACCGGAGAGAUUUUAUAUCAAACAUGUGAAUACCUUUUUUUUUUUUUUUUUUUGCUUUGGGUUUUUUUAGUAGAUAAUGAAGCAGGUUAAAAAAAAAAAAAAAGAGGCAAAACUUUUGACCUGCAGUUGCAGCAGCCUUUUGGAGGCUAGAACUUGAUGGUUGUCUGCUUUGUGCAGUCCUUCGGUGAUGCAAACCCCAAAGAAACCACAGCCUGUGCAAUAUUUUUGGAAAAAAACUAAAAGAAAAAGAAUUUAAUUCUAUCAGCAAAUCGCUCGGCGUUCAGGUGGGAUGUAGCAGCAACCCCGUGUAGAUCUGGGUUUCUGGUAUGUACAGUAUGCAAAGAGGUUUGUUUAAUAGUAGGAAAAGCAAGCCCUAUUGAAACAGUGUUUUUCAGUUAAAAAGGAAUUAAAUAUUUUAGUUUUCGGUUCUUUAAAAACAGGCAGAGAAGGAUUGGACUGCUUUUUCAGUUUGGAUAUUUUGUUUUCUCCACUGUAAUUUCACUUGGCAGCUGAUCCUCUUCCUUUCUAGUCUAGGAGAAGUUUGCUGUUCCCUUAGGAGGCUUUUUGCAGUGCUCACACCUCCCAGUGCAGCGAGAAGAGCGCUCUGCUCAUCACGUAGCAAGCUCAUAUAAACACUUUGUCCCCCUAUUCCCGGUUUGCUUGAUAGUCGCAUGAUGUUUACCAUGGAAUAUAACUUCUCUCAUUAUGCUUGUCUUGCAGAAGGAACACGUAGAAAUAGAAAAUGCGAAAGCCCCAAACUAUUUAUUUUACUACCUUUUCUUUUAGGAGGCUGAGACUUUGGUUUCCAUGAGCCCCAAACCACCUGUGUCUAGAAGUAAUAAUGUCUACCACGUUCGAAGGGCCAUAGUUUACUUGUGCUCUAAUUCUUGAGGGAACAUUGAGGUUACAUGAUUCGUUUUGAGCUAAUGUAGUUGACAGCUCUAAAAAUCAUCAGCUGCCUCUUCCAGUAGAAAGACGGUGUUUGAUGGAAUGCUGCGAGCCAUGCGUCAGAAGCGAGUUGCAAGAAUGUACUAGAAAAAAGGGUUUCUGCUGUGCUCUUGGCAGCAUUUUGAACUGGCUUCCCCCAUGAAUGAAAACCUUUACAGAAAGCUGGAGAAAUGGCUGUGUGUCACCAAUGCGCCCCCCCCGUGACUUUGGACGGGGUGCUGGCUCUCCUAGCAAACGACUGUCACAUUCUGGGAGCAGGUGAUUCCCAGGGCAGAUGAAAUUUGAGAAUGCCUUUGUCAACAGUGCAAGGAUAGUCAUUCACCAGUUGUUACCCUGACAUCAUAUGUCAACAUCUCUCUGCAUCAUCAUCAAGUUAAAAUGCAAGAUUGUGAUUUCUCAGGACCUUUUGAGUGGAUACAUUUGGGACUUUUACCCUUAGUGUACUACUGUGAGAAGUUCUUAAGAUCAUGGUGGUCUGAAUUUGGAAGGAAGUUAAGCCUGUAAAGGUUCAGAAGAACGCUUCCAAAAGUACCAUUCGGCAUCUAAGCAAAUUCUGAACCCAGCUUCCUUUUUAUGCUUGCCAUGCUGGACAUUAACUUCAUUUGUUUGCUUUAGAAAGUUUUCCUAAAUUUCUGUCUGCUUUUUGGAUACAAAAAUUUUUCUGAAAUUCUGGCCCUGUCUUAUGUUCUUUCUUUCAGAAAUGCCUCAGAAAGUAGAGUGCAGUGUGGAGAAGCCAAGCAUCUUGCCAAAUUCGGUGCCGGUCAGUGGUACUGCCCAGCCUGUGCCCCAGUCUGGGUGCGUUCCCGUGCUCCUGAGCUGUGAGAUGAGUAGGUGUGGGGUAGCCGUCAGCCUGGGUGCUCAUUAGUCCCAGUGGGACCACCAGCUUUUAGUGGGACAUGGGAUCUUAGAGAAUUUUGUCAGUUUUCAAAAUGAACCUUAGGCACUCGGGAAAAUUUUGCCGGAAGUAUUGUGCAGCAAAAGUGAUUUGUGGUUGGUCCCAGGGGUUAAUGAAGUACUUGUGCCAAAGUCUCAUUAGUUAUCUGGCACAUCCUGCUUUCGUCUGCGUGUUGUGAUCCUGCGCCGGUGAUGGUGAGGGCUUUGCUAUUGAUGAAGAUGGGUGCACCCUGUCACUGACGUCCCAUAGGCACAUCCAGAUGUGCUGGUUAGUGUGAGCCUGGGCAGCCCCACAAACCCAGCUGUGCCCAAGGCACAGAGAAGGCUCAAGGCGCUCGACCAGCAAAUAGUCCAGGGAGGUGCACCAGAUGAUUCAAGCUUGGGAGAGGCAACACAGAUGUGCUGCUGGUUCAUUCCAGAGAUGAACCAUCUAAUAGAAAUAGUGUUCAAUAAAUUGGGAGGGCAGCAGUGACAGUCUGUGGCUUUUCUUUCUCUGAAAGAAGAGGCUUUUGACUGUGGUAAAACCUGUCAUUCAUAAAAACAUAUGAUAUUUGCUGUUACAUUUUAAAGUACUGUUAUGGUUGAGAUGUUCCAGCAUGGCAUGUUUAAGGAAGAGAUGUUUCAAUAUAAGGACGGGCAUGAGAAUUUCUUGAGCAUCCUGCCCAGAGCGGAGAAUGUGCCUCUUCCGGGUCUGCUGCAGGCACCGCAGCUGGGAGGCAGGCGCAGAGGGUCGCUCACUCUUUCCAGUCAUAGAAUCAUAGAAUUGUUAGGGUUGGAAGGGACCUUAAAGAUCAUCUAGUUCCAACCCCCCUGCCAUGGGCAGGGACACCUCCUGCUAGAUCAAAUUGCUCAGAGCCCCGUCCAGUCUGGCCUUAAAAACUUCCAGGGAUGGGGCUUCCACCACCUCUCUGGGCAACCUGUUCCAGUGUCUCACCACCCUCAUGGUGAAGAACUUCUUCCUAACAUCCAGUCUGAAUCGUCCCAUCUCUAGUUUUGAUCCAUUCCCUCUAGUCCUACCAUUACCCGACAUCCUAAAAAGUCCCUCACCAGCUUUCUUGUAGGCCCCUUCAGAUACUGGUAAGCCACUAUAAGGUCUCCUCGGAGCCUUCUUUUUUCCAGACUGAACAACCCCAACUCUCUCAGUCUGUCCUCGUAGGAGAGGUGCUCCAGCCCUCUGAUCAUCCUCGUGGCCCUUCUCUGGACACGCUCCAGCAUGUCCAUAUCUUUCUUGUAGUAGGGGCUCCAGAAUUGGACGCAGUACUCCAGGUGGGGUCUCAUGAGAGUGGAGUAGAGGAGGAGAAUCACCUCCCUUGACCUGCUGGCCACGCUUCUCCUGAUACAGCCCAGGAUACGAUUGGCUUUCUGGGCUGCUAGUGCACACUGAUGGCUCAUGUUGAGCUUCUCGUCCACCAGCACCCCCAAGUCCUUUCCUUCAGGGCUGCUCUCAAGCCAGUCACCGCCCAGCCUAUAUCGGUGCUUGGGAUCGCCCUGACCCAGAGGGAGGACCUUGCAUUUGGUCUUGUUGAACUUCAUGAGGUUGGCAUGGGCCCACCUCUCCAGCCUGUCAAGGUCCCUCUGGGUGGCAUUCCUUCCCUCUAGUGUGUCAGCCGCCCCACACAGCUUGGUGUUGUCGGCAGACUUGCUGAGGGUGCACUCUAUGGCACUGUCCAUGUCGCUGAUGAAGAUGUUAAACAAGACUGGUCCCAGUACUGAUCCUUGAGGGACUCCACUUGUCACUGGCCUCCGCUUGGACAUGGACCCAUUGACAGCCACUCUUUGGGUGCGGCCAUCAAGCGAAUUCUUUAUCCACUGAAUUGUCAGUCCAUUAAACCCAUAUUUUAUCAGCUUGGAGACCAGGAUGUCAUGCAGGACAGUGUCAAAGGCUUUGCUCAGGUCCAGGUAAAUGACGUCCGUUGCUCUCCCCUUGUCUAUUGAUGUUGUGACCUUCUCAUGGAAGGCCACCUGGUUUGUCAGGCACGAUUUGCCCUUGGUGAAGCAGUGUUGAUUGUACCCAAUCACCUCUUCGUUAUUCUUCUGCAUUAGCAGUGCCUCCAGGAGGAUCUGCUCCAUAAUCUUACGAGGCACAGAAGUGAGACUGACUGGCCUAUAGUUCCCUGGUUCAACCUUCUCUCCCUUUUUGAAAAUAGUCUUGGGCCUGGACGUUGGCUUGAGAACUUGGGUAUUCCUCAGCUGGCAGCGCAGCACUGGUGUAAUUAGUCCUUGAGUUGAUGGGGUUGUAGACAAACAGGGAGAAAGUCAAAUGAGCAAUUUGUAGGAAAGAGCAAAGGGAAUUGUAGUCCAGUAGAUAAACAGACUUCAUACAACAUGCUUAAUUUUCCUUUUCUUUCAAAACCAAAUGUAAUCCCACUGCAGUAAAGUAUCCAUGGAGUUCUGGAGGUUUAAUUACUGUUUGGUGUUGCAGCAUUAGUCAAAAUGGUGGAAGCAUUAGAGAGAAUUGUUCCCAUUAACUAUGGGGAAUCUUUUUUUCAUAUUUUUAAGUAAAUCAACAAGAGCACCGUUUGAUAUCUGAAUGAUUCUUUUUCUUUUAUUUUUUAAUACGUUAGCAGGAGUUAGAGCCAGGAAAUUGGAGAAGGAGGAAUGAAAAUAUGUCUAUGAUGUGUUUUCAGUCAGCGUCCAGGCCUCCUGAAGAAAAUGUAUGUGAAGUGUUGUUGAACAGAUGGGGGAAUAAUUGAAAUUAAGGUGACAGCUGUCUUAAAAAAAAUCAUUGUUUAAGAUUGAGCUAGCAAAAAGUAUUAAUUAUUGGAGGCAAACUUUUGAAUUAGAGCAAAAUAGCACCGGUACAUUUGAGAUCAACUUAAUGUGAUAAAUCUUCCUUUGAAUUUCAUCACUUUCAUUUAACAAAACAACAUUCCUCUGGAGGUAAAUCAAAGCAGGAUUUUAGCCCCUGCUGUGGCAGUUAUUGAAUCCCAGUGUUGGAGGGAGCAGUGUGAGAGUUAUCCUCCAUUUACAUCCUAAUUAUGGUUUAUUCAGAGGCCAUUAGUGGGAUUUUCCUAGCAGGCAGGUGUUCUCUUGAUGAAAAAUACAUCACACCGUAGGAUGCAGACGUUGCCCACUUGGGCACCUGCUUGAAUUCUUAGAACAAUACAAGUUCCUCAAGAGCCUGCAGGAAGAAGAAUGCAGGUACAUUUCUGGAGAGUCCAUUUUUGCAGUGACAGAAGGGGGCAAAAGCUCAAGCUAGUUAACAAUACUUCUUUGAUGAAACUGAAACAACAAUAAGCAUCAUGCAGUUUGAAAGCUUGCCAACGUCACCUGAGGUGUACGCAAAAAUUUCCCCGAGUGCUCGCACAUGUAAAACUGUUCCUUGUGAAAGGUAAUGAGUUCAGGUAUAGCCAACUGGCCUUGGCUGGUCGAGCUGGAGGAUAUGGUAAACCAAGAAGGAUUUUUGACUGAAGUGGUUUAAUUCUCCCUUAUUAAAGAAGACUUUGCUUGGUGCUAGAGGAGGGGGAAAAAAAAAAAAAAAAAGAUAA